UUUGAAUUUGUCUCUACAUGUCGUCAUCGGCGCACUCGACAGGAUUGUUCCGAUAAAGCUCAAAGAAGAAGACAAAUUCUGGAGCUCUUAUCUGCCUCUACGGCCCUUCAAGAAGCCUCGGAUAAAAGCAAUAAUCGUCUUGCCCUUCCAGGAUUUCCUUGAUGAACUGCCAUUCACCUUUGAAAAGAUGUAUGGAUUCUCCACAGUUGAUGGCUUUGUGGAGAUAGUCGAAAGCUCGGCCGAGAUGAUCAAGUAUAUCGCAAAUGAACCGUCAACUGGGCUUUUCUACAUUCAACAGCAUACAAAAAAUGCCGUUCCCAACGUUCUCAAUAUGAAGAAUAGUGUGGCGAACACGUCUCGUGAAUCGACUUUGCACACUGAAGAUUCGGAGGAUUCGAUCACGAUGUUGAGGUCAAUGAAAGAAUGUGGAUUUCCCAUUGCUGAUGAGAUGAUUAGAGACAUCAAAAAGUCUCUUGCUGUAAUGUCAACCAAACAGCCAAGAAGAGGCUUGAUCCGUAGUACUUAUGGUAUGCAGCCACCGGGGAGAGUAAGCACUUGGAGGUCAGCCACUUGGGGGCGAAGUGUAGCCAUUGCCCCGGGUGAUGACGACGGUGGUGGCUAUAUUUCAACGGUAUUCAAGUCAGCUAGAGAAACAGCGAGCAACUUUAAGUGGCCACAGCUCGACAUCGUGGAAGAUCUUGCACGAGUCGAAGUUCAUAAGGCUCAGCCAGAACCUAACCAACCAUCAGUUCUAUCAGCUAGUUCUAGUUCGUCACAGCCAGAUAUGGAUAGCGACGAGCUGCCUCUGUCUUGUCAAGUGAACGAUGUGUUGCAAUGCGACGAUCGGGUUGAUGUUGGUUUGGACACUGAUGUACUUUCGGUGUCCGAUCGUUUUGACGAUUUCAGGGCUGAUAAAGAAGCAAAAUUGAAAGAUUGGUUGGAAGGGUCUGGCAGCUUGAAUGAUAUAAGAGAUUUGAGCGCAGGGAAAGGGCAUUAAGAUUGAUAUUGAUGCGUUAUUUAACUGUAAAAAUGAUAACAUAAAAACCACUCAAAAUACACUUCAAUUCCAUCAUUGAAGAGUUGUAUUUCUAUAGCUUUGUAAUGUGAUGGUAUUGGAUUAAGGAUUUGAGUUGAAUCGUACAUAGAAAGUAUAAAG